AUGGACGAAAAGGAAUUUUAGAAUAGAACAUGCUAAUAGCAUUAACAUGAAAUAAUUGCUGUGGAUUUAAAAUUGGCAAAAACAUAAAAUGAAAAAUAUUUAUGUGGCAAAUGUUUGAUUCUGAGGAUAGAUGGGCAACAAAUUCUAUUACUUAGUGAAUUGAUUGAAAUGAUCAAAUAGAUGAAGAAUGACUAGAAGAAACAGUUUAUGGAAAAUAAUUAGACCUAAUUGAAUUAUAUGAAAUAGCUAUAAUAAUCAUUGAAAGAAUGCAAUCAACAUGUUAAAGAAAAAAUAGAAAAAACACAAAAUAAUAUUGAAAUUCAGAUUUAAGAUAGUAAUAAGGACAUAAAAACAAAGGAAGAUAGUUAAGAUGAAGUUGAUCUAGAUAAGGAUAUGUCAUACUAUUACAAUUCUGAUAAAGAAUAUGAAUUACCUUAAAGAGAAUAAAACAUUAAUGCUAUUUCAUAAUUAAUAGAAAAUGUAUAAAACCAAAUUGGCUCUAUUUCAAACACUUUUUAGUACUAAAAAAUUUUAGAAUCAUUAUAAAAUAUCAAAACUCAAUUUCAAAUUGACAUGCCAUCUGAAAAAGAUAUCAAGGUAAAAUUUUUAUAAAUAUUUAGAUUUGUGAACAACAUGGUUUAGAAAUUAUUAUGGUCAAUAUAGAAUCAGGUCAAUAAGAACACAAAAGGAUAGCAUGUUCUAGGUGUAUAUAAGAGUUUCCUCAGAAAUAUACUACUCUAGAGGAUGCAGAUGAAAAUUGGACAAAGUUUAAAAUUAACUCCAAAUAAAUGAUAUCAAAGUAUAGCAAGAAUAGGGAGUCUAAAUUUAAUUAAGCCGUUACAUUUAUUACAAACUUAAGGGACAAAUAUUCAGAAACCUUGACUGCAAUCAUUAAUGAUUUGUAAACUAACAGGGUUAUUACAGAAAAACAAUUGUCCCCCUUCCCAUUAUAUUAGAAGAAUAUUUAUUAAUUAGAUUAAAAUCAAUUACAAGAAAUAUUGGAAGCUCUAAGUUAAAAAGAUCUAUAUCAACCCUUAAAAUUAAAGUUAGCACAAUAAGAUUAAUUAGAUUCAAUAUUCUAUCAUAAGCUUAAAGAAACUAUAGAAAAUCUUGUGAAACAUGAUCUCCUAACAAAGGAAUAAAUAAUAAUGAUAGAAAAGAAUUAUGAAAGUAUUAAUAAUAUUUGAUAUAUAGACCUUGUAAUUCUGAAUGAAGAUGAAAAAAAGCAAAUCAUUAAUUGCAAUGAAAUUAAAUAAUUUUUGGAAAAUAUAUCUUUGCUUUAAUCCUAUAUGGCUAUAAUUGAAGAUUCAAUUUAAUUAUAUAACAAUUUAUAAAACUAAGUUGAUACUUUAAAGGAAAAAAAAGAAUUUUCAAACCUAUUUAAUUAGAAAUAAACGAAAAAGGUACUUAAGAAAGUUGAACAAACAGAUCAAAGUAAAUAGUCUGAUUCAGAAUCACUAUUUUCAAGAUAAUAUUCAUAAUUUAAUUAGAUUUCCAAGAAAUACAAGGAAUUGUUGAUUGUAUACAAGGAUGAAAAUUUAGUAUCAUAAUUAUAAGGAAGUUUGAAAUAAGAAAUAAAUGCUUAAAGCAAACUAAAAGAGAAAAUAUAAUAAUUAGAAAAUCAAAUUUAAAAUCUUAAAUUGGAUUUUGAAAAACAGAAGUAGUAAUUAGAACAGGCUUAAGAAAAGCUUGAAUAGGAAACCUAAAAGGUAGAGCAAUAAAAAAAAAAAUCUGAUGAAUAAGACUAAAAGGUCAUUUCAUAAAUGGAACUAUUAAAUAAAACUAUAACUGAUGUUAAUUCAUAGAUUAAAAAUAGUUUGCAAUCCAAAGAUCAACAAAUAAAUUCAAUAUAAUCACAAUAUUAAAAUUCUCAAAAUUCAUUAAAUAAGUUACAAUAAACAUAUAAUGAUCUCAUUAAAGAUAUCAAAGCUAAGCCUAGUGCAUUAUAAGAUGCUCAAUAUUAGAAGAUAUUAUAAACAAUAGAAGAAAAAUCAAAAUAAGUUAUUAAAUGCACAAUUCUUGUCUAUUGUGGGUCUAAGGAUGGAUUGAACCAUACAACAUUUUGGAAUAAAGUAUAUGGCAGAAAGAAUUUAUUAAUGGUUUUCAAGUCAAACACAAAUUACAUUUGUGGGGCAUUUUCACCAUGCUAAUGGCUAUAGCACUUAGGUAAUUAUGUUUUAGAUGACACAUUACAGUCAUUCUUAUUUUCCCAAAAUCACAAUUAGAUUUAUCCUUUAAAGGCAGCUAAUAAAGCACAUGCGAUCUACUGUAAUUCAGGUUAUGGGCCUUCAUUCGGUUCUGGUCACGAUUUAUAUAUACCUUCAAAUUUUAAUGGUGCCAGCUCCAGCUUAGGGUCAGCAUACUAGUGUGAUUAGUAUGGUAGUAUCACUAACUCAACCCAUUUAUUUGGUCAAUCAAGUGUUUAAAUUACUGAAUGUGAAAUAUUUGAAAUAGUAUUUAAAUGA